AUGAGCGUGAACACCAAAGUGGUAUUGUUCCCCUGGGAUCCAGAGUCUGAUAUUCAUCGGAAAAGACUGGUGGAACAACGAGUCGAGUGCUCUUGGCACCGGGAAAAAGUUGAAAAAGAAUGGAGAGACCAGCAGGUCAGAGGUGACAAGUGUAUUUAUUGGAUUGAGCAUGCAAUUCUUCAAGAUACAGCCACAUCACUUAAUGCUGUGCCACGCCAACCGACGGGAAAGGCCUUCAUCCCAAUUGGGCACAUUUCCUUGGACUCUAAAAAUCCGGAUGCAGAGCAUAUUGAUCUGGACCUGCCAUCAGACAAUGUCUUCUGGAUCAAGACAUUCUACGUCAGUCGUACCAUCCAAGGUAAAGGUAUUGGACGAGCUGCAAUGGAUGAGGUUGAGGCUAUGGCUGUUCGAGAGCCAUUGCUAGCCAAGACCUUGAUGCUAGAUACAGUCCAUCAGGAUGAUCAGAAGAACGAGGAAUUUGCGAGGGCAACAGGUGGUGCUCCGAAGAUGACGAACCAAGAAUGGUAUGCCCGUCGGGGUUAUCGACUGAUCAAAACUGUACCGGGUUAUUACGAUGUCUUGGAUUCGAAGGGGGAGGUUUGGCAUAUAAGGACGGUUUUCAUGAGGAAAGAUAUUGCAUAG